UCUUCCUCUUCCUCCUGGCUGGGGCUGGGGCUGGGGCUGGAACGGCGCUUCCAAAUACCCUUUCGCUUUUGGAGCUGAGAGGCUGCGGCACGGCGGCAUGGGGCUGAUGCUGAUGGUGCUGGUGCUGGCGCUGUGCGCCCCGGCGGGAUUUGCUCAGUGUCAGGUCAAGGUAUCUGGCUUUCUAGGAACCAGGAAUGUUUUUUCACCAACAUUUGAAGGAAAGAUAAAAGAAAUUACAUGGAAGAAGGAGAGCAACAAAGUGGCUGAAUGGAGUGGACAGGUAGUCCAAUAUUAUGGUUCCUUCAUGAGUGGUAGAGCAAGGCUUGACUCAUUGUCUGGCAGUUUAACCAUCCAAAGGGCACAAGAUGGUGAUGCUGGAACAUAUGAGGUGGAGAUCUUGGCCGAAGAUGGUGACAGCAGCAGCAGCGGCAAGAUCCAGAGAUGUCGUUUUGAUUUUAGUGUAACAGGUCCUCUUUUGCCACCUGAUUUAAAUUGCACAGUUGUUGGAAAUAAGCUACACAUAUUUUGCCACACAGAUAUCUCCAAAGAACUUACGUAUUCUUGGCAUUAUAGUAACAUGGACGAAUUGACUGGGCAAAGUAAUACUGCUGAGCUUCCACUGACUGCAGACCGUUCCCAGAAAAUUUAUUGCAUUAUCGAGGUUUCCGGUGCAGGUAUCAAUGGUUCACUCUCUCUGGAUGUGUGCCCCGAAGUAAAUCUAAUUCAGCCAAGAGGGAGAAACGGCUUCAUAGCACUUCUUUUCUUCGUGGCAGUAUUGAUAGCAUUGAUAGUGACAGCCAUCUUCCUUCAGAAAAAAGGUCUUCUUCCCAGUUGGAUUUCCUCAAGACUGCCAGGUGGAGAAGGUAGACAUCCUGAACAGCAAUAUACUACUGAGCCUGAAACUGAACCCAUUCAUCAAAUUAAGAAUGAACAGGGUGGAGAAGGUAGACAUCCUGAACAGCAAUAUACUACUGAGCCUGAAACUGAACCCAUUCAUCACAUUAAGAAUGAACAAGAUAGUGAGGCUGAAGAUGGAAAAACACUUGACAAGUCUGAAGAGGAUGCAUCAGGAAAGGACAUGAAACAGCCAGCAGUGGAGGAUCAGCCUGAGCUUGUCUCCAGUAGCAACAAAUAAAGCGUUUAAACUGUGAAAGGAGCCAGGGUUACAGUCCAGCGAGCCAAACUCUACUGUGCUAUGACAAAAGAAGAGCUAAGCAAAGAAACUGUAAUGAAUGUCAUCUGUCCUGGAAGGCUCUGCUAUGUCGUGGUGUAGUAAACUCUUAUAAGGAGACCACUGUUUUUAUCUUCCUGGGACAUAUUUUCUUUCCAAUACAGAGACCACUUUUUUAUCUUCCUGGGACGUAUUUUCUUUCCAUACGGAGAUUGUUUUGAAGAUGGACGUACUGGGAUUGUUUGAAGAUGGACAUCUACUGGGUCAUAUGCCAAAUGCCUUCCCAUUCAUCCCUUCAGUCCUUAAUUUUUACAACCAGUCACAGUGCUUCAUUUAUUCAUGCCAAUUCUUAGCGAUUAACAUCACCCUAUCCCUGAUGUGUAUGAAAAACUAAUCCAUGCGAUAUACAGCUGAUUUUUGUACAGUUUAGAUGCAAAAGAGAAACAGAUUCAGAGAAAAGACUGGUUCAGCCUGCAGCAGUAAAUCAGUCUCUUCUAAAUUCUUUCCCUUGGUGGAACUCAGCGGAAGAUGGGAAAGAAUGAUCUUCAGUUCUUUAGAAGUGACUUUCUGAGCUAAGGACCCAACCUGCUCUUGAACUGGAAUGGAAGCUGGACUUAUGCAAGUGCUGUGAAAACUCUAUUUUUUUGGAGUUGCAAGUCUUGGAGUAUUUGAGUAUGCUUAAAGCCCAAGGUUCUGUAUUCGUAUCUUGAACAUGCAGAGAGGCUUGGAUGUAGACGAUUCAUAGGGUCCAUUCCAACACUGCGAGUCUGUGAGAGAAUGAAAAUACAAAUCAGAAAGAAAGUUAAUGAAUUUUUGGCCCUCCUGGUUGUCGAGAGAGGCUUGAAUGUCAUCACCUGCUCUGAAGCUAGCAGGCAAAGGGGAAAGAUUACCACUUUCACAUGUAAAAGGUGUACAUGAUUUUAGGGACUCGCUCAUCAUUUUUGAAAGUGGGGUGAUGGUUCUAGCUGCUCAAGCCAAUGUGAAUUUUAUGAAGAACCAUGAUGAAUGUGAAAGAUAACUAGUGGACAUGAGAAGCCACGAGACUCUUACUUUGCUGUGGGGCCGUGAACUUCUUAUCAAGGAACACUCUACAAUUGUGUAUUGUACACAGUCUUCCAAGCUUUUGCUACAAAAAAAGUAGAGAUCAGGGAAUCUCUUGGUGAUCAGCCCUGUAGUUAAAAAAACAGAAGGAACCUGUUAUGGGCAAAUUGACCUUCCAAACAAGUUCAGUGGAUCCUAUAUGACCUAAGGCUGAAUGAUAAGCAGGGCUAGAUACAGGCAUGGGUGUACUGGGUGGCUGCCUGGGGCCUAGACGGACAGGGGGCCCGAACAUAGUAAUUUAAAAAUUAUUAUUAUCAUUAUCUCUAGCGAAGGGGGACUCGAUACUAAAAGCUUGCCCAGGGCCACCAGGGGUCUAGGUACAGUUCUGAUGAGGAGGUGCCAAAGUGUAAAGCGGGCCCAGAAGCACAGGAAAAUUAUGUAAACCAACAUUGAGGGAGGGCUGCACUCUGUGUAUGUAAAGCCACUGACAUCUGAUAGCAAGAGUAAAAUCCAACCAGCGUCUGCAGCUAGAAGACAGAAAAUGGUUAAGACCUUCUCUGUGGAUACACUUAUUCUGUUUCCUUGCUGUGCCCUGUCUCCAAGGAGAGGGAGGAGGUAGCAAUAUUGAGUACAAAAGGGCUACACCCAUCACUUAGACUUACUUACGGCAUCCACUUGUAACUUCCUCUAAUCACAGACCAGCCCCUUGCACAGAAUAUGUUAACGUCUUUUAUUUUCUGUACCAGUAUGGUGUUUGUUUGUAAAUUAUAUUAAAAAAAUGUUUAAAAUAUAA